GUAGACAACACUGUAAACAGCCGGCACACAUUAACAUUUUAGAAUAUUUUUCUUUUUGUUUAUGUCGAAUAAUAAUAAUUAUGAAAAUAAGCGUUGAUGGUUUGUUGGUAUAUUUCCCCUAUGAGUAUAUUUAUCCAGAGCAAUAUGCGUAUAUGCUCGAACUUAAACGCACAUUGGAUGCAAAAGGACACUGUUUACUGGAGAUGCCUUCGGGUACAGGAAAAACGGCGACCUUAUUAUCACUUAUCGUAGCUUAUAUGAUAGAGUAUCCAGAGACUGUCCGUAAAUUAGUCUAUUGCUCACGUACAGUACCAGAAAUUGAAAAGGUCAUAGCAGAACUACAAAAUCUUAUGGUUUACUAUGAGAAGAAUGCUUCCCAACAGCCGGGCUUUACAGGUCUAGUAUUAAGCUCUCGCAAGAAUAUGUGUAUACAUCCUGAGGUUAGUAAGGAGAGAGAAGGAAAGUCAGUUGACGGUAAAUGCUACGGUUUAACUGCCAGCUAUGUGAGAGAAAGACACGAACAUGAUGCAGAAACUCCAAUAUGUCAAUAUUUUGAAGGUUUCCAUCUGGAGGGCAAAGAAUCUACGUUACCGGUCGGUGUGUAUAGUAUAGAUGAUUUAAAGGAGUUUGGACGAAUGCGUAAUUGGUGUCCUUAUUUUUUGGCCAGAUAUGCGAUAUCUCAGGCACAUAUAGUGGUAUACAGUUAUCAUUAUCUACUAGAUCCUAAAAUAGCAGAGGUUGUUUCGAAGGAGAUGUGUCGUGAAUCAUGUAUUGUUUUCGAUGAAGCUCACAACAUUGACAAUGUGUGUAUUGAUUCCAUGAGUGUUAAAAUUAAUCGUCGCACUGUUGAACGUAGUACCAAUGCUUUAAACAAUCUUCAGAAAUUAGUUCAAGAAAUACGCGAUGAAGAUACAACCCGUUUAAAUGAAGAAUAUCAGCGUAUGGUACAGGGCUUAAAGGAUGCUAGUGUACAGAGAGAUACAGAUAUGGUUUUGGCCAAUCCCAUUUUACCAAGCGACGUUUUAAAAGAAGUUGUGCCGGGAAAUAUACGAAAUGCAGAUCAUUUCUUAAGCUUCUUACGUCGAUUUAUUGAGUAUAUUAAGACGCGUUUAAAAGUCCACCAUGUAGUUCAAGAAUCGCCAGCUGGAUUUUUAAAGGAUGUGGCUUCAAAAAUUUGUAUAGAACGUAAACCUUUGCGAUUUUGUGCUGAACGUUUAGCCAGUUUAUUGAGAACCUUAGAAAUAACUGAUUUAACAGAGUAUGGAGCCCUGACGUUGAUUACACAUUUUGCCACAUUAGUUAGCACAUAUACAAAAGGAUUUACUAUAAUUAUAGAACCAUUUGAUGAUAAAACUCCCACAGUUGCCAAUCCUAUAUUACAUUUUAGUUGUUUAGAUUCUUCGAUAGCGAUGGCUCCUGUGUUUCAGAGAUUUCAGACAGUUGUUAUAACUUCUGGUACCCUCUCACCGAUGGAUAUGUAUCCAAAAAUUUUAGAUUUCGAUCCUGUGGUAAUGAGUUCAUUUACAAUGACUUUGGCUCGUCCCUGCUUAUUACCAAUGAUUGUUUCGAAAGGUAAUGACCAGGUAGCGAUAUCUUCAAAAUACGAGACACGUGAAGAUACCGCAGUUAUCAGAAACUACGGACAGCUGUUGGUCGAAACUGCGAAGACUGUACCUGAUGGCAUUGUUUGUUUUUUUACUUCGUACUUGUAUCUGGAGUCAGUAGUGGCAUCCUGGUACGAUCAGGGUAUCGUAGACACAUUGUUACGUUAUAAGCUACUAUUUAUAGAGACGCAAGAUAAUGCAGAAACGAGCUACGCUUUAAUGAACUACGUUAAGGCAUGUGAUUGUGGCAGAGGUGCAGUUUUGUUGGCUGUUGCACGAGGCAAGGUCUCUGAGGGUGUGGAUUUCGAUCACCAUUAUGGUCGAGCUGUUCUAAUGUUUGGCAUUCCAUAUGUUUUUACACAGUCGCGGAUACUAAAAGCUCGCCUUGACUAUUUGCGAGAUCAAUUUCAGAUUCGAGAAAACGAUUUUUUAACAUUUGACGCCAUGCGUCAUGCAGCUCAAUGUGUUGGACGUGCUUUGAGAGGUAAAACGGAUUAUGGCAUCAUGAUAUUCGCAGACAAACGUUUUUCACGUCAGGAUAAACGAAGCCGCUUGCCGAAAUGGAUUCAAGAACAUUUGGUGGAUAGUUUUUGUAAUCUUAGCACAGAAGAAUCCAUGCAACUGGCACGCCGUUGGCUGAGACGUAUGGCCCAGCCAUUUACGCGAGAAGAUCAGUUAGGAAUAUCUUUGUUGACCAAAGAACAGUUGGAAAAUAUUGCAAAAGAAAAAUUGGAACGUCAAGCCCAAGGCAAAGAGUCGGCAGGAGGUGAAGUUAUGGAAUUGUAAACAAUUUUACAAUGAACUAAAAUAUUAACUUUGUAAAAAUAAAGCUUAGUGCUAUUUUUAAUGAAA